AUGUCAAAUCCUGAAGCAACGAUAACAGAAGAAUACCCACCCGUUAGAACAGGAGGUUCCUUAUUGUUAGCCUGGCGUACAAAUUCCAAGAAUAUUUUGAUCGUUGGAGGAGGAGAAGUAGCAUGUGGAAGGGUUUUAAAAGCACUUGAAGCUGAUGCAAAAGUAACGUUAGUUUGUCCCGAAGAGGGAUUACAUCCGGAAUUAAAGUUUCGUAUAUCAAAGGAUCAAAUUUAUAAGUAUAUAAAUAGAGAAUUUGAUCCAAUAGAUUUAGAAGACAACAUUGACAUGGUAUUAACGGCAAUAGAUGAUCCAAUCAAGUCCAAAGAAAUUUAUAAAUUAAGUAAAGAAAAAAAACUUCCAAUCAAUGUAGCCGACGUACCACCACUAUGUGAUUUUUAUUUUAUGUCAGAACAUAGGGAAGGUCCUUUACAAAUUGCUGUUAGUACCAACGGUCAAGGACCUAAAUUAGCUAAUAUUAUUCGUAGACAUAUUUCUAAAAACCUUCCCAAUGGUAUUGGUGAGGCUAUUAAUAAAGUUGGUAAUUUAAGGCAAAGUAUACGUGAAAUUGAUUCGGAUUACAAAUCUUCAAGUAAACGGAUGCAAUGGAUGUCAAAAAUUUGUGAAGAUUGGUCAAUUGAGGAUUUAAAACGAUUGGAUAAUAACGUGAUUGAAGCUUUAUUACCUUAUUAUGAGAAACAUGUAAUUCCAAGUUUUAACACCAUUAAACAAGAAACCUUUUUAAUUGACAAAUCGGAGGAGGUAACGAAAGAGAUGAAUCUUGAAGAUGAGCAUAAAGAGACGAAGAAGGGUCAAUUAAUUUUGGUUGGAGCGGGCCCAGGAGAUCCUUCUUUAUUAACCCAUAAGGCGACUGAAGCUUUGUCUAAUGCGGAUUUAGUUGUAUCAGACCUUUUGAUUCCUAAAGAAAUCUUUUCCGUAAUAAAAUGUGAAAUACGUUUAGCUUCAGCAAAAUCUGGUCCACAAAAAUCCGUCAAAUCUGAAGAAUCACAAAAAGAGAUACAGAAUUGGUGUUUAGAAGGUUUAGAAAAAGGCAAAAAUGUUGUAAGAUUAAAGAUUGGUGACCCAUUUUUAUUUGGUAGAGGAGGAGAAGAAGUUUCUUUUUUUAAGCAAAAAGGUUAUGAAGUGAAAGUUGUACCCGGCAUCAGUAGUGCCUUAUCUGCUCCUGUGUCAGCCAAUGUACCGGUUACUCAUCGAGGUUUAUCUGAUCAGGUUUUGAUUAUUACUGGACAAGGGACCCAAGGUAAAUUACCACAAAUUCCUCAGUAUCAUGAUAUGCGUACCACUGUCGUGCUUAUGGCGGUUGGAAAGGCCAAAGAAUUAUCUAAAGAAUUAUUAAAUAAUAAUUAUCCCGACGACCUUCCUGCUGCUUUUGUGGAGAAUGGGAGUCGUCCUAAUGAACGUAUCAUUCACGCUACGGUCGCUACGUUGGGUGAAGUGGUAGAAAAAGAACGUGUCGUGGCUCCUUCAACUCUCAUCAUUGGAAGAGCUGUUAACGCUCUGAUCGAGUGA